CAUGUAAUUAAAAAUCUUGUAUGUCCAUUAAGCUCACAGAACUAGAGAUUCUCAUAUCUCAAUCCUUUCUCUUUUAACCUUUUCUCCACUUUAGAUAAGAAUAAUUUCUCUCCCUACAAAUCCUUUUCCUUCAAUUUGUCAUCUAACAAUAGCACCAUUCAGCCUGCAAUUUGUUUUUGCCACUAACUUCAACCUACCCGUUCAAUCAGACAAAGUCGAUAUUACUAAGUUAAACAUCAUCCGCAUCGGGGUACUGACUAUCGAGUUUGUGUGUAUGAGUUUUCAGUCAUUUUUAUAAAAAAAUGAAAUUUAUGUUAUUAUUACUUUUUCAAUAAUUUUAACUUUUUCAAUAAUUUUAACUUUUUCAUAUCCAAGAGAAGAAUAAACAUAAAGCAUAUAUUAUUCUUUUGUUAAUUGAAUAGCUUUCACUCUAAAAAGCCACUUUGUUUCUUCAACAUAUUGUUGCAAGAAAGUGUUGUUAAACUUUAUGGCACCUUCUUUUUCUUCUUCUUCCUUUCCUCUUCGUUGGGAGAGCACAGGAGAUCAAUGGUGGUAUGCAACACCUAUUGAUUUAGCAGCUGCAAAUGGUCUCUAUGAUUUAGUCCUUGAGCUUCUUCAUCUUGAUACAAAUCUUCUCAUUAAACUCACUUCUCUUCGUCGAAUUCGCCGACUCGAGACUGUGUGGGAUGAUGAAUCUCAGUUUGAAGAUGUUGCCAAGUGCAGGUCUUAUGUUGCAAGGAAGCUUAUGGUUGAGUGUGAGAAAACAGCAAGAGGAGAGAAUUCUCUGGUUGGUAGUGGAUAUGGUGGUUGGCUUUUGUACACUGCUGCUUCUGCUGGUGAUUUGGAGUUUGUUCGUGAAUUGUUGAGAAGAGAUUCUUUGUUGGUUUUUGGUGAAGGAGAGUAUGGUGUUACUGAUAUGUUUUAUGCUGCUGCUAGGAGUAAGAAUUCUGAGGUGUUUAACAUGAUUCUUGAUUUUGCGCUUCUAGGAAAAGAUUGUGGUGGUGUUGAAUUGGAUGAAGGUGGUGGUGGAGUUUUCAAGAGGGAGAUAGUGAAUAGGGCUAUUCAUGCUGCUGCUAGAGGAGGAAAUUGGGAAAUACUGAAGAAGGAGCUUAUUUUAGGAAGUGCUUUUCAGAUUUUAGCUUAUAGAGAUGCUCAAGGAUGUACUGUCCUGCAUUCAGCUGCUGGAAGAGGACAGGUUGAGGUGGUAAGAAAUCUAAUUGUAUUAUCACCUGAUAUCAUCGACUCAACUGAUUCACAAGGCAAUACAGCAUUGCAUGUAGCUUCUUACAGAGGUUACCUUCCUGUGGUAGAGAUUCUAGUUCAAGCAUCUCCUUCAUUAACAAAGUUAACCAAUCAAAAUGGAGACACUUUUCUUCAUAUGGCAGUGUAUGGUUUCACAAGUACUGAUUUCUGCAGACUAGACAAACACACCGAACUCAUGAAACGGUUAUUAUCAACCGAAAAGAUCGCGAACAUAGAAGACAUAAUCAAUUUCAAGAACAAUGUUGGAAGAACAGCGAUUCACUUAGCUGUGAUUCAUGAUGUCCAAUUUGAUGUAGUGGAAUCAAUGAUGUCCGUUGCAUCGAUCAAUCUUAAUAUCCGCGACGCGAAUGGAAUGACCCCUUUGGAUUACUUGAAACAAAGACCAAGAUCGAAAUCUUCUGAAGUUUUAAUCAAACGGUUGAUUUCAGCUGGAGGAAUCUCUAAUUGUAAAGAUUAUAUUACAAGAAACGCGAUUGCGACUCAUUUGAAAACUCGUCAUGGUAUUCAAGGUAGUCCUGGAACAUCCUUUAGAAUAUCAGAUUCUAAAAUAUUCUUAUACACAUGCAUUGAGAACGAGAAUUCAUCUGAUAUCGCUAAUACCGAUCAAGCAAGUGUAGAAUCAAAUGCAUACUCAAUCGAAAUAGAGGAUUAUUAUGAGUCAGCUGCAGUUUCCCCGUCUAACAGCAAGACUAGUUCUGCCGAUUCUGUUGCGAAACGUUUGAAGAAUCUUCUCAAGUUCAAGGAAUUCAAAGACAACGAUUCUGUUAAUAGUUCUCCAAGUUCAAGGAAAAACAAUUCAAAAGAGUUUCCAAUCUCGUUAAGGCAAAGAUACUCGAAACAGUGUUCUCUUCCAAACAACAAAAGAACACUAUCUAUAAGGACUUUAUUUCCAUCUCCGUCUGCGAAAAAAUACUUCGCCACAGGCCUAACGCAAGGUGUAAUCAAGGUAAAUCCACAAAAAGAAGGGUCUAAUUUAUCUCAUUCUUCGAGCAAUAAGCAAGAACACGUCGAAACAAUGGGCCCGUCUUCUUGUUCCGGCCGACAAAUAGAUGAUGGGAGUACCCUACAGUUGAACUAUAAUAAGGAGAGAAACUUUAACAAGAAAUUGAUGAACAGAUAUUUUUCUUUUGGAGCACAAGAUCAGAGUUUGGAAGAUGCUAACAGUUGUACAAUGUCGAAGCACAGUUCUAAGCGUUUCGGUUUAGUUGCAUAAAUGUUACUAUCUAUGUAUAAGCUUACUAUUUUGUGAACUCCAGUUCGGGUGAAUCCGAACUUCAAUCUGGUUGUAACAACCUUUAGCCAGAUUUUAGUUACCUUUCAACAGAGUUAAAGGUUAUUCAGAAGCACUUUAUAAAUGUAAAUUGGACCUAAGGGGGCAUGAGUGACUAGACUCAGUAUAUAAUAAAAUGUGCAGUACCAUAAA